AUGAACGGCAGUGUGGCUACAGCAAAUGGCCAUGGAACCGUACCUUCUGACAGGGCGAACGCCGUGGGACAGGUUGGUGCAUUAUCGGGCCGGUUCAAGCUUCCCACUACUAGAAACGACUUGGGUGAGUUGUUAAACACAUAUUAUAGACUUUUAGCAGACUCAAGGAAACACAGGGAAGCCUUGGAAGAUAAGUUGGAAGGCGAAGGAGAAGCAGCAGCAGCAGCAGCAGCAGCAGCAGUAGCAGCAGCGGCGGCAGCGUCGCGUUAUCCGGAUUACAAUGCGCAGCCAAAGAGGGAAAUCGAGAUCCUCUUGUCUGAAAUAAGCUCGGACCAAGCGACUUUUGAAGAGGAGAAAAAACUGUUUUUCGAUGACUUGCUAUCUGAAAAGCAAGCACUGGAACUGGAUGAGCUGCUAGACAUUGGACUUUUUCAAAAUCAGGUGGCAGGAUUCUCGUUGUUGUCAAAGGACUUUGAUUUGCCAGAGUCCUUACAAAGGCAAUUUCAAGAGGCAUCACAACCUGCUGCCACCAAUGAGUCACGGGUCGAGGCGUUGAUUAACGAACUUUCCAACAUUAGCGCCGACUUUGAAACAAGAGCAGGCCAAGCAGGAGUUAUCCCACUCUCGAACUUGUUGACAAAGGAUGCGAGAUUUGCUUCGCUAGGGAACUACUAUGUUGAAAAAGUCAUUACAAACAAGAUUUCGCAAAGAUUAAAGGAGAUUGAAAGUCUACCUGCCAACUUGGGAACAUUCAACGGCGGCAGCGGUUUUGACGAGUUCAAAAUCAAAUCUUUGAUAGAGUUGAAGGGGCUCAGGCUACUUAGCAAGCAGAAGCAGCUCAAACACACCAUAUUAUCGCAUGAGGCACAGCAAGUGAAAUACUUGCAUCCACAUUUGAAGGAUUUCCCGCUUUGUUUGCUGGAAAAGAGAUCAUUUAGUUUAAGACCAAAAGUAGAGCAGCUUAAUCCUCAGCUAUUGGCAUUCCAAUUGGAAGAAUUGAAAAAGCAAGAAGCCAAAGAGUUGAAGCGCCAGUUACAUAUUCACAAAGUUGACCAAAUCUUGGAGAGUACAACUGAAAUGAACAACAAGAAAAUCGCCGUGGACCUCUACCGGAGUCUUCACUUGGUCAAGCAAAUCAACAAUUUCCAUCAAGUUGUCGAAAAGGAAGAAGGCAAGAAACUGGAAAAGAAUGCCAAGCAAAGAUUGCAAGCAUUGCGUGCAAACGACGAAGAAGCUUACUUUAAGUUGUUGGAUGAAACCAAGGAUCACAGAAUUACGCAUCUCUUGAAGCAAACCAACCAAUUUUUGGACUCAUUGACUGAACAAGUUAGAGCGCAACAGACGGAGGCCAAUAAUGGGUCAAUUACAACUACGACUACUACUACUCCCCGCAGCGGGAGUCCGGAAACUUUGGCUACUCCUGGUCAUGUUACUGAAGGCGAAGAGCAGCAACGUGGUGAUAGCAAGGAAGAGUUGCGGGAAAAGACAAACUACUACGAAGUUGCUCAUAGGGUGAAGGAAACAAUUGAUGAACAGCCUACCAUCUUGGUAGGUGGUACCCUAAAGGAGUACCAAAUGAAAGGUUUGGAGUGGAUGGUGUCGCUCUACAAUAACAAUUUGAACGGUAUCUUGGCCGAUGAGAUGGGGUUGGGUAAAACCAUCCAGUCGAUAUCACUCGUGACCCACCUUAUCGAAAAAAAGCACGAGACUAAAUUCUUGGUGAUUGUGCCACUUUCAACAAUCACCAAUUGGACAUUGGAAUUUGAGAAAUGGGCACCUUCGGUUAAAGUCAUUGUUUAUAAAGGAUCGCAACAACAAAGAAAAUCGAUGCAGUCUGAGAUUAGAUUUGGCAAUUUCCAAGUUAUGCUCACCACUUAUGAAUACGUCAUUCGAGAACGCCCUUUGUUAUCGAAAUUCCACUACUCGCAUAUGAUCAUCGAUGAAGGCCACAGAAUGAAGAAUGCCAACUCGAAAUUGUCUCAGACUUUGAGACAGUUUUACAAAACCAAGAAUAGAUUGAUCUUGACGGGUACCCCCUUGCAGAACAACUUGCCCGAAUUGUGGGCCUUGUUGAACUUUGUCUUGCCCAAGAUUUUCAACUCGGUCAAGUCCUUUGACGAGUGGUUCAAUACUCCAUUUGCCAAUACUGGUGCUCAAGAAAAAAUUGAAUUGACAGAAGAAGAAUCUUUAUUGGUCAUUCGGAGAUUGCAUCAAGUGUUGCGACCAUUUUUGUUGAGACGGUUAAAGAAAGAUGUCGAGAAGGAUCUACCGGACAAGGUUGAAAAAGUGUUGAAAUGUAACUUGUCCGGGUUGCAAUACGUUUUAUACCAACAAAUGUUGAAACACAAUGCGCUAUUUGUUGGGGCAGAAGUCGGAGGUGCCAAGAGCGGUAUCAAGGGUUUGAACAAUAAGAUUAUGCAGUUGCGGAAAAUCUGUAACCACCCUUUUGUUUUCGAAGAAGUUGAAGCAGUGUUGAACUCGCUGAAGUUGACAAAUGAACUAAUCUGGAGAACAAGUGGUAAGUUUGAGUUGUUGGGCCGUAUUUUGCCCAAGUUUAAAGCAACGGGCCACCGUGUUUUGAUGUUUUUCCAAAUGACCCAAAUCAUGGAUAUCAUGGAGGAUUAUCUUCGUUUUCUCGAUAUGAAGUACAUGAGGUUGGACGGAUCAACAAAAGCCGAUGAGCGUCAGGAUAUGUUGAAAGAAUUCAACGCUCCCAACUCGGACUAUUUCUGUUUCCUUUUGUCUACGCGUGCUGGUGGAUUAGGUUUGAAUUUGCAAACUGCUGAUACUGUCAUCAUUUUUGAUACCGAUUGGAAUCCACACCAGGAUUUGCAAGCGCAGGAUCGUGCUCAUAGAAUUGGACAGAAGAAUGAAGUGAGGAUAUUGAGAUUGAUCACUAAUGAUUCGGUGGAGGAAAUGAUAUUAGAAAGAGCACAUCAAAAGUUGGAAAUUGAUGGUAAAGUUAUCCAGGCUGGUAAGUUUGAUAACAAAUCUACAGCCGAGGAGCAAGAAGCCUUUUUGAAGCGGUUGUUGGAGGCUGAUGCCAAUGGUGGUGACAAUGACGAGAAUGAUUCGCUUGAUGACGAAGAAUUGAACGAGAUCUUGGCCAGAUCAGACGAGGAAAAAGAACUCUUUACCGCGAUGGACAAAAAGAGAGAAGCAGAAGACCCAUUUAGGGGCCGCAGAUUGAUUGAAAAAGAUGAAUUGCCUUCCAUUUUCACUGAAGACAUAUCGCACCAUUUCGAGAGAGACACUGCCGAUUUGGGUAGAAUGAGAGAGAAGAAGAAGGUUAUCUACGAUGAUGGGUUGAGCGAAGCACAGUGGCUCAAGGCGAUGGACGACGAUAACGAUACAGUAGAAGCUGCAGUGGAACGGAGAUUGGCCAGAAUCAAUGCGAGAAAGAGAAACAAAGCGAAAAGAGAAGGUCUUUUAAUUGAAGAAAUCAACGAUGACGAUGUUGGUGAAGAAGACGAUGAGGACUUUGAAGUCUCCGAGCAGCCAAGAAAAAGACAACGUCGAUCGCAAACUCCGGCAACUGCUCCCGAUGUUGAUGGUGCUGAUGAUGAUGUUGAUGAUGAUGAUGCUCCCGCUGCCGAUGCUGCCUCGGAUGAAGAAAUGGAAGAUGGUGCCGUUAACGACGUCAAUGAUGAAAACAUUGCCUCUGACGGCUUGGAGGCUCGCUGUUUGCGGGUUAUUGAUGAGAUUCUCGAAUUGAGAGAUGAAAAUGAUGGUCAUAACGUUAGUGAGAUAUUCCAAAAACUACCGAGCAGGAAAUUGUAUCCCGAUUACUACCAAAUUAUUAAAAAACCCAUUGCUAUUAACCAAAUUAAAAAAGCGAUUAACAAUGAAAAAUACUCAUCAUUUAAAAAUUUCCUUGACGAUCUAAGACAAAUGUGUUUGAAUGCUAAAACUUAUAACGAGGAAGGUUCGUUUGUUUAUUCCGAUGCUUUAGUGAUUGAAAAUUUACUUGAUCUGAAGCAGUAG